ACUCGAGCUGAUCAAAGGGAUCGCUACUUCAGUGGCAAACGCCACCUUUGAUCACGCUGACAGCCAUGUGUAUCUGCUCCUUCACACAUGCUUGUUCUCUUUUGAGGGGGAUUUUGUAUGCUGAUCUGUUUACAUGCCCUUGCAUUCCUCUUCACGUGGGCAGACUUUUCUGAACAUUUAAUUACAAGAAACGAAUAAACGAACUGCGCUCGUAGGAAAUGCAAGUAGCAUGAAAAAGGAGAGCAAAAUGAGGACAGAUCUAACGGGCUGGCACAUCAGAUACUCAGCUGGCUUUAGAAACAGCCCUGCUACCAUUACAAAGUUUAAUUCACCAUUGCACAGUUUUGAACUAGAUAUCUUUAUCUGUAUGUCUGCUUGCUUUCUUGUAGGCAAAUGGCUAGCCUGUCAGUCCAUGGAUAAUCAGAUCCUGAUAUUCGGAGCCCAGAAUCGGUUCAGGCUCAACAAGAAGAAAGUCUUCAAGGGCCACAUGGUGGCCGGGUAUGCCUGCCAGGUGGACUUCUCUCCCGAUAUGAGUUAUGUGGUGUCUGGUGAUGCUGAUGGGAAGCUGAACAUAUGGGACUGGAAGACCACCAAGCUGUACCACCGAAUCAAGGCACACGACAAGGUGUGCAUCAGCGCCCUCUGGCACCCCCACGAGACCUCCAAGGUCAUCACCUGCGGCUGGGACGGACAAAUCAAACUCUGGGACUAACAAGACAAGAGGGGGGAAAAGGAAGGGGGAAGAGACAGUGGAAGAGUGAGCCUGAACAGCAGAGGGAGGAGACGUCAGAUUGCUCCAUUUAAACCCCCGCCCCCACCAUGGUCUUUGCUCAGCUGAGCAGCUUUUAUCGUGUGCUCCCUUAGUAGAGAGUGGCCUCAGUACCUCCAACCCUUGCCUGUUUCACUGAUGUAUUUUAUAUUCUAGGCUUUGCUCAGUGCUGUGUGUGAAGACUGAAGUUUAUGGACUGGCAUCCAGUCCAGAUUUCUAGUCUAAAAGGCCCCCCCCCCCCCCCCAACAUCGGCCUUUUAAAUUCGAUUCUAUAUUUUCAUUUCAUUAUUAAGGAGUCAUCCACUGCUAAAGCCGUGCAUAUCAACACUUCAGUUCAGCGUGAGACAUCCGUUUCUGAGUGUAAUAAAACCUUUUGUACAUCA